AUGCCUACUCCAUUCUCUGAGCCGGCCAAGGCUGUCUCUCUUCUGGAGAUCCACCGCGUCAUGGCGCCUACGGCUGGCGUUCGCGUCUCCCCGCUUUGCCUGGGCGCCAUGAACUUUGGUGAUGCGUGGUCAGAGAUGAUGGGGAAGUGCGACAAGAAGACUGCAUUUGAGAUGAUGGACUAUUUCCAUUCGCAAGGCGGCAACUUCAUUGAUACCGCAAAUAACUACCAAGCCGAGGAAUCAGAGAUUUGGAUUGGCGAAUGGAUGAAGGAGCGCGGAGUGCGGGACCAAAUCGUCCUGGCUACUAAAUUCACCUGUAACUAUCCUAACCCUGACAAAGCAAUACGGUUACAGACGAAUUACGCUGGAAACAGCACGAAGUCACUUCAUGUAUCGCUUGAGGCGUCUCUGAAGAAACUCCAGACCGACUACGUCGAUAUAUUGUAUGUGCACUGGUGGGACUUUACCACGAGUGUCCCUGAGCUCAUGCAGUCGCUCAACACCAUGGUAAACUCGGGCAAGGUACUGUACCUCGGAGUCAGUGACACACCAGCGUGGGUAGUCAGCAAGGCGAACGAAUACGCACGGAACCACGGUAUGCGUGGCUUCAGCGUCUACCAAGGCCGCUGGUCAGCCGCCUCCCGCGACUUCGAACGUGAAAUCAUUCCCAUGGCACGCGAGGAGGGCAUGGCCCUCUGCCCCUGGGGGGCCCUCGGCGGCGGCCACUUCACCACGGAAGAGAAGCGCAAAGCCAACGAACAAGGCCGUAACUUUGGUCCUCCAUCCGAGGCACACAUCGCCAUCUCCAAGAAACUUGAAAUCAUCGCCAAGGAAAAGAAUACGCAAAUCACAAGCAUCGCGCUCGCAUACGUACGACACAAGUACCCCUACGUGUACCCGAUAGUUGGCGGUCGCAAGCUCGAGCACUUGAAGGGAAAUAUUGAAGCACUGAAGUUAGCGCUGAGUGACGAGGAGGUCGAUGAUAUCGAUUCUGCUGUUCCGUUCGACGUUGGUUUCCCGAUGAACUUUUUGUUUACGUUGGGGGGCGAACAGUAUAAGAACACGAUGACGAGUUCGGAUAUUGGACUUUUGAAGUUUGCGGGGCCAAUCCAGAGUGUGCCGGUUCAGCAGGGGAUUCAGCCGCCGCAGCUAUAA